AGAGGAAUAUCACUAGACCGUAAUACUAAGUGGCAACAUACUUUUAAAUUUAGAUUGUGUGAGAUUAAAGAGUUCAGACUCGAACAAAUACCAAGUUAUUCAACAAACUUUAACAGAAAAACAAAAAGAAGAGAGAACAAUUCAUUCUCUGUAGGACAUGUAUGUCAUAUCUGAAUCGGGCAAAUGAAUUUUGCUUUGACGUUCUUGCAUAACGCCGCAAAUUCCAUCUUUUUUUACGGCAUUGCGGAAUUUAAUCAACAAAAAAAUUAACCAAAAAGAUAACUCCAAAUUUCAUUAACAGUAGAUGUUUUCUCAUCAUCCAAACAGAAUAAAAAAGAAAAACAAGAUAAAAUGGGCUAAGAAAAUCAACUCUCGCGUACAUUCAAAACCCUUUCACCAAAUAAAACCAAGCCCUUGAAUCGCGUACUUGAAGCCGAAAAAUAAACAAAACUCACCUGGUGAUAGGUUUCAUUCUUUGAACUGGCGAUCCAGCCUCCUACGGCCACACUGCCGUGUUUCUGGACAACCACGUUAUUUUCUGCAACGGAGCUGACCUCCACUUCCAUCCUCUCCACCGUAGCACAGCAGAGCUCGAAGGCAUCCCCAUUUCUCUCCAAAAACUCGAUUCAGAAAUACGAAAGGAUUGUCACCUCUGCAGUAUGCCAAAGUGACAGGUCGCAGAGGUGUCAAUUCUGAAAUCUUCCUGGUGCCCGAGUUGAGAGUAUAAAUUUGACGUGUGAGUGAUUUUGUACUUCUGGCGAUGGCUUCGAGCUUUGCUGCGGCUACGGUUGAGAGGAUGGAGGUGGAGGUCAAUCCCGCUGCAAAGAAUAUGGUUAUCCAGGAGCACGGCAGUCUGAGGUUUGGAUCGCGGGUUCAGAGAACAAGACCUGUCAUCAGUUGAGUUUUGUUUUUGGUUUCUAAGUACGCGAUUCGAGGGGCUGUGUUUUGUUUGGUGAGAAGAUUUUUAAAUGUAGGGAAGAGUUGAUUUUCGUAGCUUUUUUAUCGUGUUUCUUUUAUUUUGUUUGGACGACGAGACAAUGUAGGGAAUUUAUGUAAUUCGGAGUAGAAUUAUCUCUUUUGGUUAAUUUAAUUUUUGGUUAAAUUCUGCAUUGCCGUCAGAGGAAGACGGAACUCUCGGUGUUGUCUAAAAAUCUCAAAGCCAAAGGCCCUUGCACGGUUCAGCUAUGACAUGGUUGUCUGAAGAACAGUUUACGUUUUAGUGCUGCUGUCAAUUAGAGAAGUGUGUUUUUCAAGCCGGUUUAAUACCCACUGGUAUUUGCAUGCACGAAGCCAAGAAGAAAGGGUAUCAAUCUGUUGCUGAUAUGUUGCGUGUGGAGAAGCUGCAAAAGAAGGAGAAUGGCGACAGCAAGGAUGGUAAAGGGCGAAUGCAUGUGGCUUCAGACAUGGCAACGAGUUUUGAUUCACCUAGCUAACGAGGGAAGGAGAAUGCCCUUGAUCAGAGCGAAGAUGUAAUGACAGCGGAGAUGAUGCUGCUGCUGCUGCUGUGAAUGAUGAUGAUGCCAAGGCCAAGGGCAAGGCUGCAAGAGGGCGUCGCAGGGUCAAGGAACGCCAAUUCGAUAGUAGAGAGUUGUUCUUGAGCUUCCCCUACCUCAGGGCACCCCAUUGACAACUGUAGCGGGUGUCAAAUUAGCUGCUGAGGAUGUGGGAAAUGCUCUCCAAUUUUUGAAGUUUUGUGAAACUUUUAGAGAGUUUUUUAAGAUUGAAAAGUCCCAAGCUCAGUCUGUCUUCGGGAACUAUCGCAUGGAGGAAGUGGGCGAAAUGGACGGCCUGGACAGUACUCCUCCGUAGUUCGAUUUCAUAGCUAUAUGCUCUUCUUCAUACAGAAGGGUUUAUUACAGGAGUCUCUAGAGCAAGCAAGCAACAACCGGUCAUGAUUCCAAGAUUUGGCGAAGCUGGUGUCUGCAUCCGGGGUCUCUAAGGUUGACCCUGUGAUGAAGGAGCUGCCUGCAGAGUGUUUUAUUGGAAGCAGGGAGGGAUAAAAUGCCUUAAACUUCUCCCAAAAGCUUAGGCUCCUGAAUUUCCUCUGUGAUGAGGCUCUUAACACAAAGACACUGAGGGGAUGGAUUGAGGAGCAAAAAGAAAGAUCUGUCCAAUGUAAAAGGGACAUGAAAGCAAAAGUUGCUCUAGCAAAGGAUAAGGAGAGAGAUAUCCAAGCAAAGUUGCAGGAGCAGAUGGCUAAGAGGGCCACUCCAGAGAACAGCGAUGCUGUCCCAAUUUCAGAGUCGGACUCCAUUGCUUCAGUUCUCAGAAGUGAGGCAGCUCAAGCUCACACGGAGGUGGUCAAGGCAAUGGCCAUGGUACCCCAAAGCAAUGAAAUAUGUGAGGCUCUUAGAAUAGAGCCUUACAUUGUGGAUGCCGAUGGACAUGCCUUCUGGAAACUGAAAGGCGAUUUUGCUGGACAUAUAUUGCUUCAAGAUCUGGGAACCUGGGAUGGAACUCCAUCUGGGGAACGAUGGUUCGUCUGCGGUGCUGAAAUGAAAGCACCAAUUGACAAAUACCGCUCUUCUCUGGCUCUAAAGGAAAAACAGCCCAAGAGGGAGCAAGGGCGUUCCAAAAUUUCUUCAAGCAAAGAAAAAAAGUUGCAGCUUUCCCAAAAAUAUGCAUACAUACAACUAUACAAGUUACAAGGAUCCGGCUGCAUGCCCAAAUUUCUGUAUAAACUCCUACAUGGGAAAGCCGACCAUAAUUACUUUGUGACGGGGAAUGUAAAUUUUAAGAUGAGCUUUGUCAUGGUUAUUUCUUAACAGCCUUCGGAAUAUUCAUGUCUUCAUCUAUCUUGAUAUUUGCUCCUAGUUAAGAUUCCAAAUAUUUCAAAGUACCUUGGGUUUAGGUCCUUAAGCGUA